AUGCAGCAGCUUAACCCUGUCAUUAAACCGUGCCGCGUUGUCUCCGCAGCAGGCGAGCGAUGCGUGUCCCUGCUGAGCUGCUGGGCUCACCUGGCCUUUCUGUCCUCGUCCCUUAACCGUGACUUCCUUCUCCUGCAGCACCACAAUGGGGCUCGAGUGGACAUCUAUGAGAAGCUGCCUGUUCCUUUUGGGCUCGUCCGUUUUGGGGUGGCCCCAGACCACCCCGAAGUGAAGAACGUGAUCAACGCCUUCACGCAGACGGCACGCUUGGAGCGCUGUGCCUACUAUGGAAACAUCACCGUGGGGAGGGAUGUCACGGUGGCAGAGCUGCAGCAGGCUUACCACGCCGUGGUGCUGAGUUACGGUGCUGAAGAUAACCGGGUCCUGGGGAUCCCAGGAGAGAACCUCUCCGGCGUUUAUUCAGCCCGAGCGUUCGUAGGCUGGUACAACGGGCUGCCUGAGAACCGGGAUCUGAAGCCUGACCUAAGCUGUGAGACGGCACUGAUUGUGGGUCACGGCAAUGUGGCGCUGGAUAUUGCCCGGAUCCUCUUGUCCCCGCUGAGUCUCCUCAGGAAGACAGACAUCACUGACGGCUCCCUGGCAGCUCUCGCCUGCAGCAAGGUGAAGCGCGUCUGGCUGGUUGGGAGGAGGGGACCUCUCCAAGUUGCUUUCACUAUUAAGGAGCUGCGGGAGAUGAUAAACCUGCCUGGUGCCAGACCCGUCCUGAACCCUGCUGACUUCACAGGCCUUGAAAAUGCUAUUAAAGAUGCCCCCAGGCCCAGGAAACGAUUGACUGAGCUGAUGAUCAAAACAGCCCUGGAGAAGCCUGGGGAGAAGACAGUGGAGGUGCAGGCAGCAGCUACACAGGCAGCAGCCCCCCGGGAGUGGGGGCUGAAGUUCCAGCGCAGCCCCCAGGAGGUCGUGCCCACCGCUGACGGGCAGCGGGUGAGGGGCAUCCGCAUGGCCCUGACCCGCCUGGAGGGCUCAGGUGACUCUGCCAAAGCUGUCCCCACUGGAGACGUGGAGGAGCUGGAAUGUGGGCUGGUGCUCAGCAGCAUUGGCUACCGGAGCCUGUCCCUGGACCCAUCGGUACCCUUCGACACCCAGCGUGGCAUUAUCCCCAACAGCUCGGGCAGAGUGGAGGGUGUCCCAGGUCUGUACUGCAGCGGGUGGGUGAAGAGAGGACCCACAGGCGUGAUCAUCACCACCAUGAACGACAGCUUUGACACUGCCCAGUCUGUGCUGGAGGAUCUCCAGGUGGGCGUGCUGGACGUGUCCGCCUCCAGAGAAGGCUUUGGGGCCGUAGGGAGCAUCCUGCGCAGCCGAGGGGUCCGUCCUGUUUCCUUCUCGGACUGGGAGAAGAUAGAUGCUGCUGAAGUGGCAAGAGGCAAAGCUGCUGGCAAACCCCGGGAGAAGAUCGUGGAUCCUCAGGAGAUGCUGCAGUUGAUCGGUCACUAA